AUCGCUUGCACCGCACCGGGGAACGCGGACGCGGCUUCGGUUUCAGAUCAUAAAUAAACAGCGGUAAAAAUAUUGUGUUCUUUUCAAAACAACAAAGAAACAAUAGUACACUUUGUUGUGGUGCGGUCUGAUAGUCCAGAGCAAGCCUUGCGCGAAGCCUCCCAACAGCAACACAAAGCAGAACAAAACACGAGAGCAACAAUGUCAUUCAAGGACAGUGAUGAACCGAAAGCAUUCCUAAUCUGGAACCGCCAUCAUCUGGCCCCGACAACGAUCGCUGGCAGGGAACCCGCCCCACUGGUCGAAGGGCUGACCAGGUUCAACUUUGUGAUCAACGAAACGGAUGGCCCGGAAUGUUCACCCCUGCAAGCAGGAAAUAUUACUCCGAUCAGUGAGCUGACGGAAUCGGACGAGCUGGAGGAGCUGGAACGAUCCGACUCCGCUGUGAAGGAUCCCGUUUACAACAUCAUACAAAACAAAUUGAAUCUUUGCGAGAAGCGCGGUCCGAAAUUCGCUUGUCGUGAGUGUCGCUACGUGGUCCCCACACGUCUCAGUAUGGUGACACACAUGAAAAUGCACCAGCGGCCAUUCUGUGAGGUUUGCUUCCAUUCGUUCGAUUCCAAGAAAGCUGUGCACAACCACAUCGAAUCCAAGCACCCGGAAGUGGUGGUUCGUGAACGCACUCCUACACCUUUGUCACGAGAUUUCUAUUGCUUGCAAACGGUUGCCCCGCCAAACACACCGAAUCCAAUGUCCGACGACGAAAUGUUUGCCAUCGAAGAAUUGCUCAGUCCAGUCAGCAAGAAGGUGCCGGUCACUGUAGCUGUAGUUCAGAAGCUGUUGAGCACCGAAGAAACAGAUGGAGGCGUCAGCACAGAGGACGAGCAACGGUUAGUCAUCGAUGACCGAGCAGUUCCGGGUUCGAGUCGUGGACGACCCAAAACUAAAAAUACUUUAAAGCGACCGCUUAAGAAGAAGAAGGUGAACAAAACUAAACUGAAGGACACACCGGAUACUGUGAUGAAGAAGAUUACUUCUCGAUUCGGACGCUGCAUCAGCCUAAAAAUGCCCCAAUUCUAGAAAGAUGACCUUUGUCAAUUACCCUAAUCUGAAUUAUGCUAAAAUGACAUUUACAUUUUAUGUUCUGUUAUCUAUGUUACGUUAUGAAUUAAACAACCUGGAAUAGAAGAAAA